CCACCUUCAAAACAAAACAACAACACUGAAAAUAGUAGUCAACACUUUUAUAAACAAAAGAAGAUGAGUCAGGAGCAGCCAAGGCGUCCCCAAGACGGUGCCAUCAAAUACGGCGACGUUUUCAACGUCUCCGGCGACCUCGCGAAGAAGCCCGUCGCACCGGAAGAUGCGGCCAUGAUGCAAAGCGCGGAAACCCGAGUGUUAGGCCGAACCGCACCCGGCGGAGCAGCCUCCGUCAUGCAGUCCGCCGCCACUCGGAAUGAACAGGCCGGCGUUGUCGGUCACGGGGAUGUGACUGAUGUGACCGGCGACCGCGGUGUUAUUGUGUCGGAAACUAAAGUCCCCGGAAGACGCAUAAUAACUGAAGCAGUCGGUGGACAGGUUGUGGAGCAGUAUUCUGAACCGACUCCGGUUGAGGCCGGACGAGUGAGUAGGGAGAGUGCAAUAACAAUAGGGGAAGCGUUGGAAGCGACGGCUCAGACGGUGGGUGAGAAGCCUGUGAGUCUGAGUGAUGCGACGGCGAUUAUGGCUGCCGAGACGAGAGCUACCGGAAAUAAUGUUGUAACGCCGGGUGGCUUAGGUGCUAUGGCUCAGUCAGCGGCGGCUUACAAUGCUGACUGCAGGCGUCUGGAGGAUAAGGUGAAGCUUGCCGACGUUCUGAGCGGAGCCACCGCGAAGCUGCCGGCGGACAAGGAAGCGACGCUGGAGGAUGCGGAGGGGGUGGCGAAUGCUGAGGUCAGGAACAACCCGAAUGCCACCGCCACUCCCGGUGGCGUAGCCGCUUCUGUGGCGGCAGCCGCUAGACUCAACCAAAAUGUUAUGUAAAAUGAGAUAAUUAAUAUGUUUUGGUGUUUCAUGUUGUGUUGUAGUCUAGAAUAAGUGGUGGGGGAGUGUGUUUCUUUAUCGUAUGCUUGUGUUCUAGUUUCGUUAUAAGGAAUCUUCUGAGAUGUACUACUCGUUUUCCAUGCAAGAACUUGUCUACAUACUAUAUAUGCUAUGCUUUGCUGUCGUUAUCAGUAAUUAUAUAAUAUCAGUUCAUCUUA